CUCUAGAUAAAAGUGAUGAUUCUAUUAUAGAUAUUAAUAAUGUUUCGCUAAAAAGUAAAGAGAUUUUUAAUUCUAUUGAAAUGAAUGACGAAAGUUUAUAUGAAGAUCUUCUUCCGCCUGUUAAAGAAUUACUUUUAAGUAAUGACCAUAGCAGUAAUUUUGAAAAUAUUAUAUUUGAUUCAAUAAUAAAUCAAGAUAUUUUAGAACCUGA